AAACAUAACGAGAAGUAAUUGUAGUGUAUGUGUGCGUUGGAAUAGAUAUUGGUUUACAGUGAAGUGAUGUUUGUGUUUCAAAUCAUUUUUGUGUAAAUUGAGACAUUUGUGGAACUUUUUUCUUUAAAUACAUUAGUAGCGAAUGUUCGGUUCGUCUGCACACUUUCGUGUACAAAUGUACACCAUGAAUAGUAUAGUAGGUGAUAAAUAAUGGAUAGGACACUAAGCGUAGAGGACGGACUUGUUUUGUGUAGGAAAACCAUUAAGAGAAAAUUAUUGCUUCCGACAAAUGAAUUUAGCGGUCAUGAGAAAGAGAGAUCACAUCUGUCAGAUCUCGUAAGAAGAACUGUCGAGAUGGGAGAGAGUAACUCAGCACUUUUAAUAGGACCCAGAGGUUGUGGAAAAACAGCUCUCCUGAACAGUGUUAUAAAUGAACUGAAGAAUGAGAAGUCAUUCCAUGAAAAAGCAUUUGUUGUGGAAUUGAAUGGAUUGAUGCACACUGAUGAUAGACUUGCUUUGAAAGAUGCCACCAGACAAAUGCAACUAGAGAAUGCAGUAGGCAAUAAAGUGUUUGGAUCAUUUGCAGAAAACCUGACAUUCUUGCUGCAAUGCCUUAAAUCUGGCAACAAGGACAGGUCCAAGUCUAUAAUAUUCAUUCUGGAUGAAUUUGAUCUGUUUUGUAACCACCACAACCAGACACUCCUCUACAAUCUGUUUAAUGUGGCGCAGUCUGCUCAGGCUCCCAUUUGUGUAGUGGGCCUAACAUGCCGACUGGACGUGAUGGAAUUGCUGGAGAAAAGGGUUAAGUCCCGCUUCUCCCACCGUCAGAUAUUUAUUUUCCCUGACACUUGCCAGAAGGAACAGAGCGUCUUCGAGGUACGCAUGGCGUUGCUAAAGAAUCUACUGAUCCUUUCUGAAGAUGAUGUUUGUGUUGAUGAUGCUGUGUUUUCGUACUGCUGGAACUGCCAUGUAGAAGAUUUGUGCACCGAGGAGCCCGUUCAGAAUGUGAUGAGGACGAUAUUGAACCUGGACAACAGCGAGAGGACCUUGAGGUCCUUCCUGCUGGUUGUCAUAUCGCGUCUGAGCGAUACACACCCCACUCUAACGGCAGAGGAUUUCUUACAAGUACACAAGUUGUGGUCAAGGGAUGCUAAAGUUGCCAUGGUAGAAGGUUUGUCGGUGCUUGAGUUAUGUCUGAUAAUUGCUAUGAAGCAUCAGACUGAGAUAUACGAGGGGGAGCCACUCAACUUUGAGAUGGUCUACAGGCGGUACUGUAAGUUUUUGAGUCAGAAUUCAACCGUGCAGAAUGUAGAGAGGCCGGUUGUUCUCAAAGCUUUUGAGCACUUGGAGAGCCUUGAGCUCGUAGUGCCAAUUGGUGGACCAAGCAUCCACAUUCUGAAGGAGUUCCAACUGCACAGGUUCGUUCUCACUUCGCAACAAGUGAGUGACGCUGUGAAGCGGUACCAAGGCUUACCAACCGAGGUGUCCCAGUGGGCGGCCAGCAGUUACCAGUGAUGACUGCGGAGCUGUCGUGAAGCAAUGGUUGCAUGGUCGCAACUUUAAUAUAUUUUGAGUUUUUAUUUCUUCAGAGUUUGGCAAUUUGUCUUUCUGAAGUUAAACAAAAUGAUAGAUAAAUUAAUAUUUUGCAUGAAAGUUUUGUCUGAAGUAUAUAAAACAUUCAAUAAAUUUUGUGAAUGAAGUUUUUUUAAUUGAAGCUAAUAAUUAUUUUCUGACUUGGGUGUAUUCCGUAUAGAUGUUAUUUUUAUAAUUGUUACUUAUUUGCUAAAAAGCAAAAAGCGUGUAAUAUAUUUGCACGAAACUAUGGAAAUGGUUUACAGUUGGGCUGGAAAUCUCUUUUCUGUGUUGAUUUGAUGUGGAAUGUCUGGGUACAUGACUUUCAGCAAACAAAUAAUAACAUAUUUAGAAUGAUAAGAGCUAUAAAUAAUGCGAUAUACAUAAGCCAGAAGUAACGAAUGAAUAGUUUAAAUUAGAAUGUAUUCACAAAGUCUGUAAGUGUUUUAGGUGUUAAAUUUGGAAUUUUGUACAACUCUGUGUUUUUAUACGUGUUUGAUUUUGUAUAAAAUGGUACUCCGGUCUGAAUAUGAUUGACUGACAAUGAAAUGUUUAGCCAUGGCAGAAUAGAAACCUUAAAAAAAAAAAGAUUGCGUUGACAUUGUAAUUAUUAUUUUAUGUGAAGUCGAGGAUGCAAUACAAUUUUUCCAGCAUAA